CGCGGAUCCAGCAGGCGGAACUUCAGUACAAGCUGGGCCGCGAGGAGUUGGAGCUGCUGACGCUGAGCGAGCAGGCGCGCGGGCUCGCGCAGCUCAUCGAGCAGGCUGAUGCAGCCGCCAACCGGAACAACCGAACCACUUUGUACAGUGCGGUUCGUGAUUUUGGCGGAUGCGCGUCAAUAGUAACUGUGGAAGCUCGCGAAGGCACAUGGGGCGCAGUCCCGCGUGGAUCCGGUAUGCUGAUAGAAUGGCCAGGCGAGAAUGUCGGCCUGAAGACUGGAGACAGUGCGCAAUAACUACGCAAAUGCGCAUGCGCACAGCACAUCUGCGUUCAAACGCAGAGGAGCGCGGGUCAGCGGCCCACAAUCACGAGCAUCGCGAUGCUAUCUGUGCCCAUAGAUGGGCAACGAUGGGCCUCGGACUGUGGGCAAACACUAUCCAAUGCAAAUUCAGCAUAGUUAUGGUGCGCCCGCGCCGCCGCAGGCGACGUUGGCCCAUCAAUACACGUCCGAUUAGAAUGCUCAUAGAUACGCUGUUGGAAGUAAACGGCACAUCGGUUAUAGCGUGCCGCAAUCAGGAGGAACUGCAGCGCGCCACUAGUGCUGCCAACCCUGCGCGACUUGUACUCCUGCGCAACACUGCCACAGCGCAGGCGCCACAGCCAGCUAAUGGCUUUACACAAAAUGAAGCUGCAUCAUUACGAGCUGAGUUGGGCGCCCUGAGGUCAGCAGCCGACGACGCUGAAAAGGCGAAGGAAGGCCUGCGCGCUGACAACACGAGGCUCACGCACCGCAUCUCCUACCUCGAAGAACAGGUCGCUGAGCUUCUCAGCAGACAUACACAGCUACAUUCAACAAGCAGUAAUGACAGCUGCAUCACAGUGAACAAGACGAAGAAGAAUGUCACUAAUAUAAACAUUACGACAGAUCCUCAUCCGAAGCCAAGUCCCAAGUCUGAAGUACAGGUGUUCCAGAAAGGUCCCGACAUUACUGCCAUUGUAGCCAAACUACCAGGCCUUGACGGUGCCGAAAGUAACCUGCCCAUGAUAAGACCGAGGUCUAAUGCUUCAGGAGCAUCUUCCCGCGCCGCUAUAUCUCCCCGAGCAACUCCGCCCCUGAACCACAGGUCGCACAGCUCUCACAGUCUCGAACAUAAAGCCGAACGAAUGCGUCACUCUCUUUCCCACCAUUGCAUACAUGGUGCGGUCGACUACAGUGCUGAAACCGAUGCAGCGAUCCGCAUGAUUGAGAGGAACCAGAGGCACAUAGAGAAACAACGAAUGAAGAAUGAGAGACUGAGCAGGUCCAAGUGCGAGGACUACUUCAGAUCAGAUAGCGACCUGGACAUACGGGACUCACACUCCAGUGCCAGCGUCGACCCCAGACAUUACGAGAUAAAGAAGGCAGCAGACAGAAUAGAAGAAAGUAUCAAAAAGACUAACUGGGCCGAGAGAAAAACUCUCUCAAUUAUUGAGCAACUGAAGCGAUCACAACGGCUUCGGAAAAUGAAGAAGAACGACAGCUCCGAAGACAUUCAGCUGGAAUCUGAAAGACACUAUAUGUACCACAGAAUAGACGGCAAGGUAUUAGAAAACGCUCACAAAUCUAGCAGACGAACUUCCAAACUACACUCGCGAAGUGCCAAAUCUUCAGAAUUUGAAUCCGAGUCUGACUUUCCUAACGGUGACAUGUACAGCAGCUCGCCGCGGAUAGACUACGGCUCCGAGACGUGCUCCAGGAUGAGCCAUUACAAAAAGAAUGAUGACAGAAAAGACAGUGAUGUGAAGUCGCGACCGACUCCGCCGCGGAAACCACUCCGGCUAUCUCUUCACAAAGCGAGAAGUGCCCACUCUUUAAUAAACGGCAGUGAGUCUGAGACUCCUAGUAGACCGGCCUCAGAAGCAAAGCAUACAGACACCGAGUGCAAUAAGAGGCCAGUGAAGAGAACACACGCGGCUGACAAGUGGGCGCGGGAGAGGAUCCGCGACGCCGGCCGGGCAACGCCCAGACCCACGAGGAAACACCUCAAUGGGCUGAGCGCGUGCGAGGCGCCUGCCGCCGACGACCUCUACCCAGAGAACACACACAUGCCUGUCAGAAUUAAUGGAAUGGGGGCCAAGUGGUUAAAGUUUCGAGACUACGAAGUAACAAACAGCAACAUUAAUACAAUACGACUUGUGGUCAUCUCGACUGCCAGUUUCGGCCGCGAACAACAAAAUGGCGGACCAUUUGGAAAACCGAAGCGUCCGACAUGCAUCCAGAUCUACGGUCAUGGCCGAACUUAG